GCUUCCGGGGACUGUAGCUGGAGCGGAGGAAGAGCGGGAUCAGCUGAACAACAGAAGAAAUGAAAAUAUUCUCCUGAAAUUCAUCACCAACAACCAGGAUAUUUAACUAAGAGCAAUGUUAAACUGCUGAAAGAGGUGAAGCAGAAGCCGCCCUGAAGAAUCUCCAGAACACACAGAAAUUGUUGCAUUUAACAGACAAAUGAAGCCAAGUCCCGACAUGGAGAAACAUCAGGACAAGAGUUUAAUUAAACAGAGUGAUCUCAAAAACAACCAGCGCAUUCACACAGGAGAGAAACCGUAUCACUGCUCAGACUGUGGGAAGAGUUUUACUAAACAGAGUGAUCUCAAAAAACACCAGCGCAUUCACACAGGAGAGAAACCGUAUUACUGCGCAGACUGUGGGAAGAGUUUUACUGAACAGAGUAAUCUCAAAAUCCACCUGCGCAUUCACACAGGAGAGAAACCGUAUCACUGCUCAGACUGUGGGAAGAGUUUUAGACAACAGAGUCACCUCAAACUGCACCAGCGCAUUCACACAGGAGAGAAACCUUAUCACUGCUCAGACUGUGGGAAGUGUUUUACUACACAGAGUAGUCUCAAAAAACACCAGCGCAUUCACACAGGAGAGAAACCGUAUUACUGCUCAGACUGUGGGAAGAGUUUUACUCAACAGAGUACUCUCAAAAUCCACCAGCGCAUUCACACAGGAGAGAAACCGUAUUACUGCUCAGACUGUGGGAAGAAUUUUACUGAACAGAGAAAUCUCAAAAUACACCAGCGCAUUCACACAGGAGAGAAACCGUAUCACUGCUCAGACUGUGGGAAGAGUUUUACUGAACAGAGAAAUCUCAAAAAACACCAGCGCAUUCACACAGGAGAGAAACCGUAUCACUGCUCAGACUGUAGAAAGAGUUUUAGUCGACAGUGUAAUCUUCAAAAUCAUCAGCGCAUUCACACAGGAGAGAAACCGUAUUACUGCUCAGACUGUGGGAAGAAUUUUACUGAACAGAGUACUCUCAAACUGCAUCAGCGCAUUCACACAGGAGAAAAACCGUAUCACUGCUCAGACUGUGGGAAGUGUUUUAAUCAAAAGAGUCAUCUCAAAAAACACCAGCGCAUUCACACAGGAGAGAAACCGUAUCACUGCUCAGACUGUGGGAAGUGUUUUAAUCAAAAGAGUCAUCUCAAAAAACACCAGCGCAUUCACACAGGAGAGAAACUGUAUCACUGCUCAGACUGUGGGAAGUGUUUUAAUCAAAAGAGUCAUCUCAAAAACCACCAGCGCAUUCACACAGGAGAGAAAACGAUCCCAAAAUUGUCCCACGGCAAUUAAAAGUGCGAAUCGUAAAUCUUUCAGACAGAACAGCUUAUUCUACACAAAUGUUUCACUUUGUCACUUGGGACACGUUCCACCAGAAACAAACAUGAAUUGAAUUUAACAAUGGAUUUUACAGGUUCAGCAAAAUAAAACUUAUCCAGGGAUGAUGUUUAUUGAAUUCCAUGUUAUGUUUUCUCGUAUGUUUGAUAUUCCAGGACAUUCUUUGUGAGACAGAGUUUUUAGGGUAGUUACGGUAGGAAUUCAGUUCUGAAGAGGGGAAGGUCGUUCGAGCGAGGGCACUGCCAGUGUUUGCACUAGAUGUUAGAUUAGCAUAACUUAGUCUUUAAAAUUUAGAUGUCAUAGUUGUUAGGAGUAGAGUAGGAUUCUUAGCCUGAUUUGAAUGCUUUUAAUCUCUUUUCUAGCUUAUGCAGGUUUGAUUAUUUCUAUUGUAAUGGAAUGCUAUGGUAUUAAAUGAUUCUUAAUGUUAAGGUUUUUGCAAUUGUGCAAUAACAUCUAGUUUUGAACAAAUGCUAAAGUCUGUUAAUGGGGGAGGGUUAACACAGCAGGGAUCCAAAGGUUUGGUUUUGGUGGGGGGCUGGGAGAGCAGAUAAGAGGUAUGAGGGUGCAGCUGGGGGGCAAGUAGAUUCUCCAUGUGAGCACACGUCUGACUUCAAUAAAACCUGUGCUACUCACUUCGA